AUGAAUGCUGUGGACGUAGUUGUCCUCGUAGGUCUUCUCGUUGCAGUUUCCUUUUUCGGCUUGUUCACAACAUUACGCGGCGCAAAACAAACAUCCGCUGCUCAGAUUCUACACGGAUCGAACGUAUCUGUACUGACAUCAGCUUUAUCAGUUUGUUCGGGAUUUCUUUCCGCAAUUUCACUUCUUGGAUUUCCUGCAGAGAUCUACUACCAAGGAGCAAUGAUAUUUUGGUAUGGUCCGAUGUACAUGGUGGCAUUUCCUAUUGCAGCUUAUUGUUUUUUGCCUGUUUUCUAUAAUAUGAAGCUUACAAGCAUAUACGAAUAUUUGGAAAUUCGGUUCAAUUUUGCAUGUCGGUUUUUGGCUUCACUUAUCUUCUGCAUUCAGAUUUGGCUUUAUGUUAGUGUGGCACUGUAUGCACCAGCACUUGCAUUGUCGGCGGUUAUUUCCAUCCCGUUAUAUGUGUCAGUUAUUAUGACGGCAGGUCUUGCCGCACUUUAUGUGACGUUGGGGGGCGCAAAAGCAAGCAUAUAUACUUCGGCUUUACAAAUGGCACUAAUUUUAGCAAGUAUGGUGUUGAUUUUUUCAGUCAGCUUGUAUCAGUUCGGUUUUAACAACGUUUUAAAAACUGCUGUUAUUGGAGGUCGUCUGCAGUUAUUUGAUUUUCGAAUUGAUCCACGUAUCCGACACUCGGUUUGGUCCUUGGUGAUUGGUGGUAUAGGAAAUAUAUUAUGUCUUUUUGCGACAAAUCAACUUACAAUACAGCGUUAUAUGGCAAUGAGUUCGCUUCGAUCUGCUCAAUGGGUUAUUCUGCUUAAUAUCCCCUUCAAUUUUCUGAUUCUUACGACAUAUAUUGGUGCAGGACUGAUAAUAUAUCACAAAUAUUUUCAUUGUAACCCCGUUCUUCAAUCAAAAGACCAACUUUUUCCUCGUUUCGUUGUUGAUGAGCUAUCCGCGGUACCUGGAAUGGUUGGACUUUUUACAGCAUCUGUAUAUAGUGCAGGUUUAAGUACGGCGUCAGCUUCGUACAGUGCUCUUGCUGCAGUAUUCAUCGAAGAUGUUGUUAAGCAGUUCCAAACUAAGGUGCAAAAACACCAAUCAAUGAAACCAAAUACUAGUAUCUUAUUAGCGCGAUAUCUUCCAUUAUUGUUUUGUUGUUUAUCAAUGAUAGUCGCAUAUCUUUGUAGCAUAAUGAAAACGAUGAUGCUCCAAAUCUCAUUUUCAAUAUUCGGAAUUGCUGGAGGACCCGUGUUGAGUGUCUUUUGCCUGGGCAUGUUUUUUCCAAAAAUUAAGGGACUGGCGGCUUUUGUUGCUCAGGUGACGUCAACAGUUUUCUGCGUUUUUAUUGCUGUUGGUGCAUUGGUAAGCAAUGUAAGACCCGUUGGUUUACCAAUUGAUAAAACUUGUGAUCAGAGUAAUGUCACUUUGAUAUUUGUUGGAAAACCAGAGUAUGGAAUGGUCCAUCCUUUACAAAGCAAUUCAUGGUUAAUUGAACUAUUUCGUCUUUCUUAUCAGUACUACAGCAUCUCUGCUAUGUUGGUUGCGUUCGUAGUUGCACAUGUUGUUCAGUGCUUUUCAGGAAAUACUGAACAUUUGCCAGUGGAAGCGAGGUUGCUAUCACCUAUAUUUUGGUCAGCACAUAACCAAAAGGAAACUAUGCUGGACUGUGCUAGAACAAAGAAGGAUGUCGAAAUCCCGCUGGGAAUUAUCAGAUAA